UCCGCACAUACCUCUCGGGGACGCGUGUCCGAGGAGCGCGCGAGCUUCCCCUUUUGGCCCCGCGUCGGGUCCUUAAGCAACGUCUUGCAGAGAAAACGAAGAUUUGAGAACCAUUGCGACAUUCGGGUGAAUGUGCCAACAGCCUGAGGAAGGGGGGGUGGGGGAGACGACGCGUGCACGCGCGGGGCCGGACCGACACACGCGUGAGUAACUGCGACGCGCUUCCACUCCAAGACUGCGUGUUACUGUUCAACGUGAACGUAAAAAAAAAAAAAAAAAACACGUCACCCGUCGUAAGGCGUCAGCAGCCCCCCCCCCCCCCCGGAGUGAAUGCAGACAGUGGCACAUAAACGUGGCCGCAUGUGCGCGUCCAGGACGGUCCUUGGUGCGGUCAACGGGACCACGGCCGUCCCGUGGAGGAGCAGCCGGAGGCGGCUGUCGCUGCUGCAGCAGCUGAGGGGCUGUCGGGGGGCCUGGGGCCCGGGGCCCCCGUGGGACAGAGAGCGGGCCCACGCCGCGAUCUGUGGGACACCUGCUGGGAGUUUCCUGGUUGUGCGUGACUCCGGGGCGUCCGAGGCCGACCUGCUGUGUGUGUCCGCUGGAGGAGAGAAUGGAGCCGUGGUUGAUUAUCGUAUCAAAAGCACAGGCACAGACUUCCAGCUGUCUGAGUCUCGUCUGUCCUUCUCCGACUUGGCUCAGCUGGUGCUCUUCUACUCUCUGACCAGGGAUGUGUUGUCCGUCUGUCUGUCCAUUCCUCGCUGGAUCUACGGCGUGACGGAGAACGCCAAAGAGCUGCUCUCCGAACUCGAACCCGACACUUGGCUCCGCACCCCGACCGACCGGCAGGCCGAUGAAAUGACCCAGGAGGAGGCCAACGUCAUGUGCUCCAUACAGCUGACAUCAGCCAACGGGGCCUUGUGCAUCAUCAACCCGCUCUACCUCCACGAGCACGGCGAUGACUGGCUGGCGCACCAAGCAGCCUCGCCGCCGUCGUCGGGCUACAGACGGGAGCGGCGCCUCAGCAGCAGCAGGGCGUGGGCGGGCUCGGGGCUGCACAGCAAGCGGACCAUCUCGUUGGACGAGGAGCCCGCCGGCGGCGGCGCCGACAUCUCCGGCCUCACCAGAGCCAUGUCGGCCGACUCCCCACACUGCCCGCCGGCCGCCGCCACGCCGGCCGCCGCCACGCCACCUGCUCCGGACGCGGUGGUUCUCCGGAGGCCCAGCAGGGAUUCGGUCUCCAGCUCCCUCUCCAGAGCGAGCUCGGGGAGCCUCCCGCCGCCUUCUCCGUCCACCCCGUCCACUCCCUCCACCCCCGGGGGUUCGGGCGCGGCGGUGCCUCCGUCCCUCCACCGGGUCUCCUGGAUCGAGGAGGGGGUCUGGCUGCCGCCGCCCAGGCCCUCCUCUCUGCUCCAGCCGCCGUCGCUGGAGCUCGACUCGCUGUCGCUCAGCAGCAUCGAGGAAGACCACGAGGCCCAAAGGGCGAGCCCCACCCUGCACCACCCGAGCCCGCAGAGGCUGGCCAACAAGGUCAUCCACCGCCUCUCGGCGGUGGGCCAGGCGCUCGGCGGGCUGGUCAGCCAGAAGAAGAGGCUGCUUCGUCGCGUGCAGGAGCUGAGCGAGCGGAGGGGCGCGGCGUUCGCCGAGGCGGUGAAAGGAUUCGUGGAGAUGACCCUGAAGAAAGGGGCCGAUCCCGGCGGGGUCACGGGGUCGGAGUUCUUGCAGGAAGUGAGGUCGUCGCUGUCGUCCCUGAAGGAGACCCUGAUGGACUACCAAGACAUCCAGGCGUUGUUGGACAGCAUCACUGACAUGACUGACUUAGAGAUAGACUCCCUGGUGGAGCUCUCCCUUCACAAGGUGGCUCUGAAGCCCGUCUCCGAGCACCUCUACUCCUGCAUUCAAAUUUCCCGAGUCAACGACCGCAGCCUGGAGCGUCUCCAGAGCAACCUGCCCGUGCUGGAGAAGAACGGCGUGGAGGAGCUCGGGGGGUCGGCGGGGGUCGGCGUUCCCGACGCCGCGACCCUGGAGCGGAUCCAGCAGCGGUGGACCAGCAUGCACGAGGCCUACUCCCCAAACAAGAAGGUCCAUAUCCUUCUCAAAGUCUGCAAGACCAUCUAUCACAGCAUGAGUGCUAAUGCUAGCUCAGGUAAAGUGUUCGGAGCGGAUGAUUUCCUGCCCUGCCUCACGUGGGUGCUGCUCCGCAGUGACGUGGUCACCUUGCACCUGGACACAGACUACAUGAUGGAGCUGCUGGACCCCACACAGCUGCAGGGAGAAGGAGGCUACUACCUGACGACGCUGUACGCCUCGCUCUACUACAUCGGCAGCUUCCGGCCGCGGCUGGCCGCCCGCCAGCUGAGCGUCGAGGCCCAGCAGUCCCUCAACCAGUGGCACCGCCGGCGAACCCUGCACUGCAACCAGUCGCGACGCAGCAAGAACCGACGGACCAUCCGCAGGCAGCCGCGCCGGGACGGGGGGGCGCAGGGCCCCGAGGCGGACGCCGGGAGCGGGGAGGAGGGCGCGGGCGGGGGCGGGGGCGGGGGCGAGGACUGGUAG